CUGAUAGCAUCGGUGGAUAGCAUGCUGAUAGGAUAGUAUCACAGCACUUUUUUUUAUUUAUAUUAUAAUAAAACUUGUUGUUCGUCAGACGUCCGACGAUUUUACAUUGUGAGAGUUAUUAAUAAUAUUGCGUUAGAUAAAUACGCCUACUGUUUUUGUUGGGUGGUUUAAGUGGCAGUGUAGUGAUUUAUAUGUAUACAGAGUGUAUUUAAUAAUUUUCUGUUUAAGUUGUAUGCGUACAUAAUAAUGAACUUAUCGUUUGCUGGUUGUGGGUUUCUUGGUAUUUACCAUGUUGGUGUUGCAGUGUGUCUUAAGAAGUAUGCACCUCACUUGCUUAUAGGAAAGAUUUCUGGAGCCUCCUUUGGGGCUAUUUCUGCAUGUUGUUUACUCUGUGAUCUUCCCAUUGGGGAAAUUACAAGUGAUGUUCUGAGUAUAGUAAGAGAAGCGAGGGCUGGGUCCCUCGGACCCUUCAGUCCGUCUUUCAGUAUACAGAACCUCCUUCUGGAGGGCAUGCAGAAGUUCAUCCCACACGACGCACACAAAAUAGUCAGUGGGAAACUGCACAUUUCGCUAACAAGGGUGUAUGAUGGCAAUAAUGUCAUUGUAUCCGAAUUUGAAACCAGAGAAGAUUUAUUACAAGCGCUGCUCGCGUCAUGCUUCGUGCCGGUGUUCUCGGGCAUGCUGCCUCCGCGGUUCCAUGGCAUCCGCUACAUGGACGGCGGCUUCAGCGACAACCUGCCUGUGUUGGACGAAAACACCAUCACUGUGAGCCCGUUUUGUGGCGAAAGCGAUAUAUGCCCCAGGGACCUCAGCUCGCAACUGUUCCACGUAAACCUAGCAAAUACGAGCAUAGAACUGUCAAAGCAGAAUAUAAACCGCUUCGCAAGGAUACUGUUCCCGCCCAAACCAGAAGUUCUCAGCAACAUGUGCAAGCAAGGAUUCGAUGACGCUCUACGGUUUCUGCAUCGAAAUAACAUGAUCACUUGCACCAGAUGCCUCGCGGUCCAGACAACGUACCAUUUGCAGGACGUACUAGACGACACUACUUAUGAAUAUGACCCGGAAUGUGAAGAAUGCAAGACGCAUAGACAGGACGCGCUCGUAGACGACCUUCCGGAUACAGUGAUGACGAUAUUCCAGAACGCCAUAGACUCUGCCAACACGGGCAUCGUCAACUGGGUGAUGCGACAGCGAGGCAUGCGCUGUGUGUCGCUGCUGACGCUACCGUAUCGAGUGCCCGUCGAUAUCAUGUACGCCACUAUCACCAAAUUUGUGUCGUGCACGCCAAAGAUGAGCAAAUCCCUAUGGAAGCUGAGCUGGAAACUCCUCCGUCAACUGCACGCGUUCGUCUACUCGGCGCACGAUCGCUCGGAAGCUGCGCGCAUCUACUACAAGCUCUCCAUGGACCAUCGGGAUGAACACCAUCGAUUAGAUAGAAGGCGCGCGAGCGAGCUACGCGUGACGUACGGCGACGUUCCGGCCGACGCCGACGCCUUCGAGCACAUUCUCAACGUCACUACCCACAACGAUGCGCUACUGGCGUACUACUACCUCGACAGCGACAAUAAGAUGAAGAUGACGGAGAUAUAUGACGUGACAGACGCCGACACGGACGCAGUGCAAUCACCCACGGAACGCGAUGUCAACAAGCAGCUGGAGUUCGACAACGACUGGUCCGCGGAACUGAUGGCUGACGAUGAUGAAUUAGACUUGGAAGCUGAGGAAGACGAACUGGAACGCAAUAUAUUCUCCGAUCCCGAAAGCGAAUGGACGAGACGACAGUCUUUCUCUAACGACUCUAGCGAUGGCGACCAACCAGAGUCGGAUAGACAACUGUUAGAACACAUAGACUGCGAGCGUCUCGCGAAAACGGUGAACAAGCGAUGUGUCAUGCUCACCAACUUCAUGCUCAGCAACCUGAUGGAAGCGAUAUCACAGCUGCUCUCCAACACUACGCUGCUCACGUCGCUGCAGCUCGAGGGGUUGCCGUUGAAGAUACCCUACCUGAAUCCUUUGAGUGAGGUAUUGCUAAGAAACAGUUCUCUCCAACACCUUUACUUGCCACGGUGUUUGAUCGGCGACGCGGGAUGCUUAGCGAUUUGCAAAGCGGUCAGAUGUCUGCCUAACAUCCUCACUAUGGACCUAAGCGGCUGUGAACUGACACCACUCGGAGCUGGAUACAUAGCUGAUUUAAUUAAGUAUCAAAAAAUCCAUCGCUACAGUGAAAACUGGGUGCACACACUGCGCUACCGGCUGCCGGAUUUGGACACGAUGGCCGGCUUGAGGAGGAUCACGUUGUGUGGGAAUCCACAGCUGGGUGACGCGGGGGUUCAAAAACUGCUGGACGUCCUGGCUGAUGAUUUGUGGAUAAAAGCUCUGGACGUCCAAAACUGUGGCCUGACGGAAGACUGCGCAUCUGCCGCGCUGCAGGUGAUGGUGACAAACACUACUCUGGUAGUCCUGGACAUGAGGCAUAACUCUGUAUCAAACGAGUCUCUCUCUAAAAUCCGGUCUGCACUUAGGGAAAACGAGCGGGGCCUCAGCGGACAGUAUUCGUGGAUCGGAGGGAGUAGCUCCUCGAGUGAAGGAAGGAUAAAAUCAGUCCCUUCAAAGAACGGAAUGAUCAAAGAGCGAGGCGCACCUAAUGUUAGAACUGUACCUAAUAAAUACAACACCAAGGCCAAUAUAGUUAAGAAGGAGAAGGAAUACGCGGAAGCGCUGGAAGAGCAGCUGCAGGACGAGACGUCACACCGGAGGCAGCUCGAGCAGCUCAACGAGCAGCUCGUGCAGCAGCUGCGCGCGCUCAAGCACCAGCAGCUGCAGCUGUGGCGGAAUUCGCCCUCUUCCAGUUCAGAACAGUCGUUCCAGGCCAGCUCGCGGUCGGGUGGCCUGUCCACCAGCUCCGGCUCCACAAGCUCUGUGCCCAUCGACCAGAACACGCUGUCCUACAUCCAGCAGGCUUUCAAAGACAUCUACGCAUUCAUUAAGAACAACCAGUGCCAAGGCCAAUGUCUCCUCGAAGAAUCGAAAGGGCCGGAGACAGCAGAACAGGAGUCAAUAGAACUGAUAGAACAAGUAGAGACUAGUGAUUUACGAGUAAAGAUCGUGCCUAAGAAAGCCCAGAGCACCCAUUUGAAACUAACAGACAAUGUGAAGAUGAAGAAGAUGACCAAGUCUGCACAUUUACUCGGCGAUAUGCAGUACCAUGGGAAGGAUGAAAUGAAGCCUGGAAUGAUCGAGAGGCAAAUGGGAGACUCAAUGAAUGUUCACGGUGACGACCAGUUUAAUUUAAAAGAAAUGAUUGCAGCACAAAAAGAUACAAAAAGGAAUAUACCAGAAAGUCCCUGCAGUAGCGUGGUAAGCGAUUCAUCCGACACUCUCGUGUACUCGCCAAAGUCGACUUGCCGCGAGAGUGUAUACCAGUCCCCGUGCCUCGAGACGGUAUAUAGGUCGCCUCGCCGCGAGAGUGUGGUGUAUCCUCAAAGAAGUAUCAACCUCAACCCGCGAGACGCAAUGUAUUCAUCCUCGGACGAAGACUCGUGAUCGAAGAUCUUUUGUAACGUCUUUAUUUGUUAUUUUUGUGUCAAGAUUAAAAUUGGUUUUUUAUA